AUGGCUUGCGCAUCUAAGAACGGACUUUCGGGAAUCGAUGUCAACAAUCAUAGCAACAGCGGCGACAGUCAUGACCAACACGGCAACGAGGCUACCGGUGACGAUGACCGUGGCACUGGUACUACAUCAGCUUCUGGGACCUCCCAUAAGCCAUCAACUUCGUCGUCAUCGGAUCUCUUCAUCGCCUCGGAAUCUCAGACCUUGGACGAUGAUGACUUUCUUAUGUUUGACGAUGACGACGGCACGGUGGAGGACAUGCCUGAGGACGGUCGCACGGAAUACGGGAAGUUGGAAGCCACCCGGCCGUGUCGAACAGGGAACGUCCGCUUCGAUCGUCACAUCGUGAACGCCGGAGCUGAUAACCGCCCUUUUUACAAAGUUAUCAAAGGGUACGAUCUUGGCCCCGGCGGUGCGGAAGCUCUUCACGACCACGAGGAGGAGAAACUACAUACCAAGUUUGAUGUGUUCGUCAGGAAGGCCUCAAUAAAGAAGAGCUGUACGAUCAAAAUGCUUGGACCUUGCGUGGAGAUGACCAAACUCACGAAGAGUGGGAAGCCGUAUCGUCUGGAUCUGACUGAAUUUGGGCAGCUGGUGGGCAAGAAGUACGCGGAUAAGCAAGAGAAUGUUUUGAUGGCGAAGUACAAGAAGAGGCGGAGCUAUUUCGACGAGUGUAAGAAGCGGCGGCUGCAUCCAGAGACCAAACAGCCCCUUUCCGCUGAAGACUAUGACCGCUACCCCUGGUUGUUUCCAGACGAUAGCGCUCCCAGGCCAGUUGGUACAAAGCAGACUCAGGAUGCUGACAACGUUGAAGCUAUGGAGGGCGUGGUUGCUGGUAACGUGGAGGAGGAGGAGGAGGAGCUGUAG